AUGUUCCCGCGAGACUGCACGUUUCUCUCCCUUCACCCAUUUAUUCCAGAAGUUUUUACAGCAUCAUCCAAGUUUUCAGAAAUGUGGAAGCUGAAAAUUGCUGAGGGAGGGAACCCAUGGCUGCGCAGUGUGAACGGUCAUGUCGGUAGGCAAAUCUGGGAGUUUGAUUCGAACGCCGGGUCUCCGGAAGAGCUGUUGGAGAUCGAGAAGUUUCGUGAGCAAUUCAGCGACCAGCGAUUCGAGAAAAAGCACUCCUCUGAUCUUCUCAUGAGAUCUCAAUUUUCAAAGGAAAAUCAAAGCUCCUCAGCGUUGCCCCAAGUUAGGGUAAAGGAGCUAGAAGAUAUUACAGAAGAUAAAGUAGUAAAUACGUUGAGGAGAGCCAUCGGUUUCCACUCAACAAUACAGGCUCAUGAUGGUCACUGGCCAGGAGAUUAUGGGGGUCCCAUGUUUCUAAUGCCUGGCUUGGUCAUUACCUUGUAUGUUACCGGGGCAUUAAAUGCUAUUUUGUCAAAAGAGCACAAGCGUGAGAUGUGCCGGUAUCUGUACAAUCAUCAGAACCGUGACGGUGGAUGGGGUUUACACAUUGAGGGCCCAAGCACCAUGUUCGGUUCUGUGUUGAAUUAUGUUACCCUGAGGUUGCUUGGUGAAGAAGCAAAUGAUGGAGAUGGUGCAAUGGAGAAAGGACAGAAGUGGAUUCUGGAUCAUGGUGGUGCCACUGCAAUUACUUCCUGGGGGAAAAUGUGGCUCUCGGUACUUGGAGUAUUUGAAUGGUCUGGAAACAAUCCUCUGCCACCUGAGAUAUGGCUUCUUCCUUAUAUCGUUCCAAUCCAUCCAGGAAGGAUGUGGUGUCACUGUCGAAUGGUUUAUCUGCCUAUGUCUUACUUGUAUGGGAAGAGGUUUGUUGGUCCAAUUACACCAAUCAUUCUGUCGUUGAGAAAGGAGCUAUAUACAAUUCCAUAUCAUGAAAUAGACUGGAAUGUAGCACGGAACCAAUGUGCAAAGGAAGAUCUAUACUAUCCACACCCUCUUAUACAGGAUAUUCUGUGGGCAUCUCUUGAUAAGCUUUUGGAACCUAUUUUUAUGCGUUGGCCUGGGAAAAAGUUAAGAGAGAAGGCUCUUCGUACUGUAAUAGAGCACAUACAUUAUGAGGAUGAAAAUACUCGCUAUUUAUGCAUAGGCCCUGUAAACAAGGUGUUAAACAUGCUUUGCUGUUGGGUGGAAGAUCCAAAUUCUGAAGCAUUUAAGUUGCAUCUCCCAAGAGUCUAUGAUUACCUGUGGCUCGCUGAAGAUGGCAUGAAAAUGCAGGGCUAUAAUGGAAGUCAAUUAUGGGACACUGCCUUCACUGUUCAAGCCAUCCUUUCGACAAAUCUUGUGGAAGACUUUGGUCCAACUCUAAGAAAAGCACAUACUUACAUAAAAAAUUCACAGGUGUUAGAGGAUUGCCCUGGCGAUCUUAGUUUAUGGUAUCGUCACAUUUCGAAAGGUGCUUGGCCCUUUUCAACAGCAGACCACGGAUGGCCCAUUUCAGAUUGCACAGCAGAGGGUUUGAAAGCGGUUCUCUUAUUAUCGAAAUUACCAACAGAACUUGUUGGUGAACCGCUGGAUUCCAGGCGGUUGUAUGAUGCUGUAAAUGUCAUCCUUUCAUUACAGAACGAUGGAGGUGGCUUUGCUACUUAUGAACUUACAAGAUCCUAUAGUUGGAUGGAGCUAAUCAACCCUGCUGAAACUUUUGGCGACAUUGUCAUUGAUUAUCCCUAUGUUGAAUGUACCUCGGCUUCUAUUCAAGCUUUGGCAGCAUUUAAGAACUUAUACCCCGGGCACCGAAGAGAGGAAGUCGAACGUUGUAUUGAAAAAGCUGCUAAAUUCAUUGAAAAGAUACAAGCAAAGGAUGGUUCUUGGUAUGGCUCUUGGGGUGUUUGCUUUACUUAUGGGACAUGGUUUGGGAUAUUAGGUCUGCUUGCUGCUGGACGAAACUUCAACAAUUGCUCUAGCAUCAGUAAAGCUUGUGAUUUUCUGUUGUCUAAACAGCUUCCUUCUGGUGGGUGGGGAGAGAGCUAUCUUUCAUGUCAGAACAAGGUAUAUUCAAAUAUUGAAGGCAACAAGGCUCAUGUGGUAAAUACAGGAUGGGCUGUGUUGGCUCUCAUUGCUGCUGGGCAGGCAGAGAGAGAUCCUGCACCAUUACACCGUGCAGCAAAACUCCUAAUAAAUUCUCAGUGUGAAAAUGGUGAUUUUCCACAAGAGGAAAUUAUGGGAGUCUUCAAUAAGAAUUGCAUGAUCACUUAUGCCGCAUACAGGAAUAUUUUUCCAAUUUGGGCUUUAGGAGAAUAUCGUAGCCGGGUUCUUAAAACUCCAUGA